GUGGUCUUGCUGUUUCGAUUUGUUGCAUCGCUUCUUCCUCCUCUUCUUCUUCUCUCUGCUCCGGGGUCGACGACACAAGCGCUUCUAGGCGCACUAGCGCCGCCUACAGGUCACCGAGAUGUGUCACAUUGAGCAAGGUGGCAGCAGUGAGCCCGACGACUGGUGUGAGAGUGUGCCUGGAAACAAGAAGAAGUGGUAGAGCAUCAGAUCCAGAUCCAGGCAGUAAAACAUACAUCAGCAGCUUCAUCAGCGAGGCUAAUAUUUAUCUCUACGCCCGUUCAUCGAGGCGAGAUGCCUCGUUUUGCGCAGCUGGUGAUGGGCCCGGCGGGCAGCGGGAAGAGUACCUACUGCUCCACCAUGGUCCAGCACUCAGAGUCCAUAAACCGUUCCGUCCAGGUGGUCAACCUGGACCCAGCGGCUGAGCACUUUAACUACCCUGUCAUGGCAGACAUCCGUGAGCUCAUCCAGGUGGAUGACGUGAUGGAGGACCAUUCUCUCAGGUUCGGCCCUAACGGAGGCCUGGUCUUCUGCAUGGAGUACUUCGCCAACAACUUUGACUGGCUGGAGGAAUGCCUGGGUCAUGUGGAGGAUGACUACAUACUGUUCGACUGCCCGGGUCAGAUUGAACUCUACACACACCUCCCUGUAAUGAGGCAGCUGGUGGAGCAGCUCCAGCAGUGGGAGUUUCGGGUGUGUGGGGUCUUUCUGGUAGACUCCCAGUUCAUGGUGGAGUCUUUUAAGUUCAUCUCAGGUGUCAUGGCUGCCCUGAGCGCCAUGGUGUCGUUAGAGAUCCCUCAAGUGAACAUCAUGACAAAAAUGGACUUGCUAAGUCCCAAAGCCAAGAAGGAAAUUGAAAAGUACCUGGACCCAGACAUGUACUCAAUGAUGGAAGACAACUCGGACACCAUCAGAAGCUCAAAGUUCAAGAAGCUGACUGAGGCCAUCUGCGGUCUGAUUGAUGACUACAGUAUGGUGAGAUUCCUGCCGUUUGACUGCACAGAUGAGGAGGGUAUUAACAUAGUACUGCAACACAUUGACUUCUCUAUACAGUAUGGAGAGGACCUGGAGGUCAAGGAGCCAAAGGAGGUUGAAGAAGAGCCUGCUAACCUAAAUUAUGAUGAACUUUUUCAAGACAAAGGCGACAGCUGAGGAGUGAUGUGACUCCAGGGAAAAAAAGAGACUUGUCAGAGCUAAUGAAAAAAAACAUUUGAAGGGGAUGAAGGAUUCACCAUAUCAAGCCCAGGUGGAGAAUGGCAUGCGAGUGCAAGGACGCAGAGAAAAGAGCGUGUGGGGGAAAAAGACUGACUGUAUGCUGUUUGGAAUAAUCAGGAAAUGUGUCAUUUCAACUCAUAAAUGUUUUAUUAUUUCAGGACAGUGUUGAAUCUAAAGAGUUGUUAUUAAAUACAUUUAUCACUGCUAUAUUUUUAAAAUAAAAUAUUACAGAAAAUACA